AUACUAAUAAUAAUAAGUUAAACAAGAAUAAUGUGGAUUUAACCGUACCUGUUCACAUUCAUUCAUCUAAUAGAGAAAGAAAGAAUGAAUUAUUCAUAAAUUCUUCAAAAAAGUCAUGAAUCAUGAGGCUACAAUUUUUCAAAAUUAUCGAAUAAAGGAAUAUUGAAUAAAUAUUUACUAAUUUCAGAUUCAGGUAGAAUGAAUGAAUAUUUUUAUUCACUAUUUAUGUUUCACGAUAAUCUAGUGAAAGGCGCAAGCAUAAUGCUUACUACACGGAAUAUAUUGGGAAAUCCGUAUAAUAAGACGAUUUUAUAAUUUAAAUAAACCUACAGUGCAGACUUGAUAUAGCCCGAGUCAGGCGUAAAUCUGUUUUCAAAUUUAAAUUUUUAAAACUUCGAGUUCUUCAAUUACGAGCCUUUAGUAACCCAUAUACCAAAAUUUAUCCACUAUCACUAAAUUUUUGUUAGUGCACACAUUUUUUUCCCUUGGUCACCAGUAUCGACUGUGACCAUAACUUUGACACGAGUGUAUAUUUUUUCCUUGAGAAGGAGGAGUACCGUUUAUUAGAUGGGAUGGGGUUUGCACAAAAAGUCGUGAAAUUUAUUGAACAAGAGGCAAAAAUUAUUUCUUCAGCGGGGAUUAGCUCAAACAAGUUACUGGCCAAGGUUGCAUGCAAAUAUAAUAAACCAAACGGAAUCACCGCCUUGACCAGGCAAGGAUUUAAUAGAAUCUGUUCAGACAUUGAUUUCCGUGAUCUGACCGGAUUAGGGGGCGAUUUGGGUGAAAAAGUGGAAAAUCUGUUUGGACAAUUGUACUUAAACCAGCUGAGGAACAUGUUGAAUUUUACGUGGAAUUUAAACUGUCUCGCUAAUUGGGUGGGAUAUGAGGAUACAGAAUAUGUUAGAGAGAUUGCGAAUGGAAUAUGUUACCAGGAAGUUGAAGAUAAAUUGAUGUUUGAUGGGUUGAAUUGUGGAAGGGGAUAUUUGAAAAUUGAAACAAAAGGGGAUUUCCGAUCUGAACUGAAUUACUUGGCGCAAAAUUUGAAGGACCGUCUCAACUUGGAAGUGAAAUAUAAUAAACGGUUCGCAAAAAAUGUUUUGGUUCAAUACACUCGAAGAACUCUAGGCGGGAUUUACACCGAAUCCUUUAACGUGGAAUUCAACCCAGUAACAGAUUUUGGUUUCGAUGGGGAAGGAAGCUUAUAAUUUGAUGUGGGAGAUUUCUUUCUGGAUGCACGAUCUGCUGUUGAAGCUCAUCCAAAGUUUGAAAAACAUUUGGUACACAUUUUCAAAAUUAACUUUAAAGUGACAGAAUUUGAAGUGUUUGCAGAUGUGGAGAAUUUGUAUUGAAAAGGGCAAAUUUUAUUCAAUAUUCAGGUGACCUGUUUGCAAAUUACUUUUUAAUACAUUCUUUUUAAUUAAGCCAAUAUCGAAUUUGUGUGUAAUGAAUGACUUUGAUGUGGAUGAUUAUUCGCAAACCUAUUUUUUCUAGUUAUGUAUAAUGAAUUUUAAAAUAUUUAUUAAUGUAUAUCUGUAUUUCAUGUGUAAUAUGUCAAUCUACAAAAUGAGAAAGCUGUGCGGAACAGAAACGAAAUAGACCGGAAAGAAUAAAUAAUUACAUUAUGCUUCAUUUAAAACAGUGUAAAGAAACCUGGCAUCACAUAAUAUGUAGUCGCUUCAUGUUAAUUCUACUAUUUAUGCUGGAAAUUGUCUACUCCUAAAUUAUGCAGCAGAAAUUGACGUGUAUAAUUGUAAUUUUCAGCAUACAGUUAAAAGUGCGAGCGAAACAGCAAUUUAGCGUGAAGGUUAUCUUAAAACGACCAGUGGAAAUUAAUGUUUUCGAAAUUACCUAAACAUAAAAUUACAACUAAUAUAAUUUAAUGUCUUAAUUGUAGCAUUGCUUUAACAAAACCUGUUACGCUAUUAAAAAGUCAGUAAUAAAUUAAUUGUAUUUUCGGAAAUGUA